AGCCCUCUCCCGUAUAAAAGCCCCAAUCUUCGUCUCCAACAGAGAAUUAGGGUUUCUUCCUCUCUCUCUCAUCCCCAAUCUUCUUCGCCAACAGAGAAUUAGGGUUUCUUCCGCUCUCUUCCUCCUUGAAAGAUGGCGACUCAAAUGAGCAAAAAGAGAAAGUUUGUAGCAGAUGGGGUGUUCUUUGCGGAGCUGAAUGAGGUGCUUACUAGGGAGCUCGCAGAGGAUGGAUACUCGGGUGUUGAAGUCCGGGUCACGCCCAUGCGCACGGAGAUCAUCAUCCGGGCCACUCGUACCCAGAACGUCCUUGGCGAAAAGGGUAGAAGAAUUAGGGAAUUGACGUCGGUUGUCCAGAAAAGGUUCAAUUUCCCUGAGAACAGUGUUGAACUUUAUGCUGAGAAGGUCAACAAUAGAGGGCUUUGUGCCAUUGCUCAGGCUGAGUCGUUGCGGUACAAGCUUCUCGGAGGUCUUGCUGUCCGGAGGGCCUGCUAUGGUGUCUUGAGAUUCAUUAUGGAAAGCGGGGCGAAGGGAUGUGAGGUGAUUGUAAGUGGAAAGCUAAGGGCGCAGCGUGCCAAAUCGAUGAAGUUCAAGGAUGGAUACAUGAUAUCAUCCGGUCAGCCUGUUAACGAAUACAUUGACUCGGCUGUGAGGCAUGUUCUUCUGAGACAGGGCGUUCUUGGGAUCAAGGUGAAGAUCAUGUUGGAUUGGGACCCCAAGGGCAAGCAGGGCCCCACCACGCCUCUCCCUGAUUUGGUCACUAUCCACACCCCGAAGGAGGAAGAGGAGUACAUGAGGCCGUCAAUGCUGACCACUGAUAUAGAGGUCCCGGCCGCCUGAAAAGGAAAAAGAAAUCUGAAUCUUAUGUUUCUAGAUGAACAAUGGCAAGGUUUUUGCAAACUAGAUUCUCCUUUGUAAUAUCUUUUGGAUGCUUUAGUUUAUUACUUUCUCACUCUCAAUCUGGGACAAAAGGCAUAUGGCUAGAUGGACAUGUAGUCUAUAUAUAUCUUU